GCAGUGAGCUUGGUUGCGCGCGUGUUGUGUCUCAGGAAUAUGUCUUGCAACCGUUCUGUCUGUUCGUCGUAUAGUUGCAGUUGUUUGUUAUCUACGUUCUUGUUAGCCACUUGGAGAAAAGUAGUGUACUUAUUAGUGCGUUAUUAGUGUCAAGGGUGAUACCGAGAUGUGUGACAAGCUGUACCCGUCAGACGAAAUAUGGGACAAAUUUGGCAUUCCUAAUGCCUAUUCCUGGUCUCAUACGGUGUUUGCUGUCGCCGGCAUGAUGGAGCGUCCUCAGGUGGUGCCCAGUCACGUGAUGGCUGGCCGGCACGACUGCAUGUGGUCCGGCACCUGUAGCAGCGGGAAGCACCAGAAGCAGUGCUACGUGAUAGAGCCUGUGGUUGCUGUCACAGUAACUGUGCGCCCUGUUAAAUCUAGCCGCAGCCUUUUGAGGACUAACCGUGCAAAGGCUCCAACCACGUCCCCUCGCCCAGAAACUCCCUCGGAAUCUGAGGAAGAUGAAUCCCCUGUGUGUGGUACUGUAUGUGAUAACGAGGACCUAUCUGUAGCCGUGUCUGUGUCUGAGGUCACCGGACAGGUCAUGAGGACUAGGAGUGAAUUUAAGACCCUUUCACCUCCGCCUUCCCCAGUCCCCGCAUUCUAUACGGAUCACAGCUAUCACAUAAGCAAGAGUCCCGUGAUGUUGGAUCGCUUGGGCGUCCAGACACCUUCUGAUUCGGCAGGGAAGGGUAGGUGGGGCAGCAGCAAGGAUCCCGAGUUCACUUACCCUGACAGUCCCGUUUCUUGGGAAUUUGAAGAGCGCAGGGCUUCGACCAGAAGAAGAAAGACCCGUAGCUUCUAUGAUUCUUUGGCUUGCGAUGGAUCUACGCGACCCCAUGGCAGAAACGAGAGAAAGAAGCCGAAAGCAGGAAAUCCUAGCGGAAGAAAGCCGGAGAACCCCGUCGAAGUUGAGUGUCAGACCCCUUACUACAAUCAGUCUCCUCCGAUUCUGGAAGUGUGUGAUGACGAAGAGGAAGAGAUUGACGUUGUGUCUGUGGCAGACCGAGAUAGGCUUGCCGGUCUGCCCACUAACCCCAGCGCCAGGGACCGGCAGCACCUGCAACGCACUGUGGCGUCCGCCAUUCACCAUGGAGCGUCGCGUGGCCACAAACGAUGCGCCCCUGAUCACGAGAAACGUACUUACAAACGGCGACGAUCGCGUAAAGAUGAAGAAGAAGAAGAAGAAGAAGAUGAUUCCAGCGACAGACGCAACCAGCAUAACGACAUGGAGAGAAAGCGCAGGGUGGACAUGCGCGACGCCAUAUCGGUGCUGCGCUCGUUGGUGCCCGCCGUUGCUGAUAACGAACGCGCAGCUAAGGUGCUGAUAUUGAAUGAGGCCGCUGCGUACUGCCGACAGCUGGGCACAGAGGGCGAGCGCGUGUCGCGUUUGAGCGAGGAACUGUAUAGACGCCAGAGGGAGCUGUCAGCGCACCUCAAGGAACUGCGCUUUCAGAAUGCCAAGAUGAGAGGCAAUGUGGAGAAAUCACCUCGCAAGAAACGCAUGGGCAGCAGAUCCAGAACUGCAACACACCAGCGAAGACUGGCUGCAACACAGUGGAUGUUCGCAGCACGCAGAAAGAGACAGAAAUUGGCUUUAGAAUGCAGAAAGAAUGAGAAAUUUGCUUUAGAACACAGAAAUAACCAGAGGUUCUGUUCAAAACCAAGGUAGCGUACAGUAAGCGAGAGGUGCAGAAUUCCCAUACAGAGACGCAUUCCCCUGUGUAGGAAUGCAUGUGCAUCGUAAUAUUGAUACAUUCCACAGUAAUACUAAGGAAAGUGUAUUUUGAUAGUACAACAUCGUUCCUCCCUUCCCAUAAUCAGUAGAGCAGUCGUAUGCGUAAUAUUAACACAUUUUAAAUCUCGGAGCAGCACGCGAUAACGCGAAUGUAAAUAAAUAUUUAUCUUGCUUGUGAUAUAAUCUGGGACUGCCCAACAUUGAGGAUGGUUAAUCAGACAUUGCUCAGCUUUUAAGGAAAAGCAGCAUGAGAAUUUAAUAAUAGGUAGAAAUAAAUAAAAGCAGUUCAUGUGUAAUUUAUUCUGAAGUUUUGUGACUCAAAUCUAGAAUGCCUGUUGGGCAGUCCUAGAACUGACAAGAGGUGUAUUUGGUUUGAAAUUGCAAAUUAGGUACAUCAGCAGGUUAUUUGUUGCUAAUUUUGAAAAUGUCCCCCACUUUAGUUUUAUAUCAUUAAUCAAGAUGUCAGAACAAAUGAAGGGAAAAUUUACUUUAUUGUAGUAACAUGUCAUUUUAUGCGAUUUGAAAUAAAGUGACAUUUUUAUUUUAUAAGUUUUUUUUAAAGUUUGGUUUUGAGUGUUUUGAAAGUUUUAUGUACCAAAUUCAGAUUAGAUUAUCUUAUAAAUCUGUACAUAUUUUGGCAUCAAAUUAGGCAUUGCUUGCGUUACUUUCUUACAUUGGUGAGAGCCAUCUUUGUCUUGUCCAGUGGGUUACUUUCCUAUUGAGAAAUUUUGUAUGACAAACUGAUCUGUCACAAAUUUGCCCAGCAAAAUUUUGCUUUGAUAAAAGUGUUGGGAAUAAGUAAGUGUAGUGGGGACACGUAACUUUAGUCAACAUGCUAGAUGCCAAAGUAUGUUAGCAAAUUGUAGGCGAUUUAACACACUAUGUAGUGAGCACCACAGCUUCUACAUGCAUUUAUAUCCAACUGCGACAAGCAGUGCAAGGAUUGAGGUAUGUUAACAGUUGUCUUUUUAUCAUCUUUUUCAAUUUCACACAUGGCUUAUUAUAUCUUAUCACUUUCCAUAGUUGGCAAAUAUGUCAUUUGUUGAAAGCGACAGCAUACGUUUUGUUUGAACCUUGUAUAGUCUAUUAAAUGCUAGUUUUCUUUUAUAUAUGUAUAAAAAUAAUUAUACGAAAUAUACUAUUUAUGUUACCUUGUGUCCUGUGUACAGAUUUUAUAUUUACUGUGAAUGUUAAGGUAGAUUGGGGAAUUAUUUGAUUGCUUGUGUUCAUGUUCACAGUAUUUUGUACUUUUUGAUAAAAGUAACUUUUAAUUACACUGGGGAGUUACUUGUUUAGGUUUAACUUUCUGUACAGGUAUCAGUGAUGGUUUCUAUCGCCAUGGCAACUCCAACACAGCCCAUUAUAUAAGUAUGCUUGUUUCUAAUUUAAGCGUACGGUGGACUCCUGUUUAAUUGGUAUAUAGAUGGAUCUGCAUGGUGGAGAGGUUAAUAAAAAAAUUGAUAAUCUGUCAUUUAUUCACAUACGCACGUACUGAAAAAUCGUCACUGGCAAUUCUCGGGUAUAUAAAUGUGUAUAAUUAAGUAAAGAGCCUUUUUUUCUGCAUACGGUCCCUCCAUUUCUUAUCCAUCUGUAUGGAUAGAAGAAAAGCCUGACUGUCGGCUUCAUUAUUGUUUUUAUUGUAACUGAGGACUCCCAUAGGAAAAAUCUUAACCUGAAGAGCUUUUUAAGAGAGUACCAGUUAAGGGAGUGUCCACUGUAUAUUAUUUUGUUUUCUGCAGAUUGCAUAUUAAAUUAGGGUUUGCAUCGCACUACAGAAAUUGUAACUUAUUAAUGUAUGUACAAAUUUUGAUAUGUUUGUGAGUGAAAUGUGCCUUGCAGCUUUGUGACUUCUAGAGAAAAAGACAGGUGGAAUGGAGUAUCUUAAUGGUUCAGGGUUGCCACCUUUCCUGCUUAAGUAUCCAGUGUUGCUUGAAGCAAAAGGAAAAGAACUUGUUUUAAUAUAUGUAGAGCAGCUGAAGGAGUCAUACUAUUGAUCCACAUUAUUCACAGGGAAAUACGAGCAUUGCAGUACCUUGUGCUGCCUUUGGUGUUGUUAGUCAUGUGGAAACAAAAUGACUUUCAUGUUGUUGGAUGCUGCUUUUCAUUGGUGGUGUUUGAGCCAACCACGAGGCUCUGGAAGAAAUUUAUUAUUGAGGCCUCUUAAGAAAGAAAUAUAUGCAAGGAAUUUUGUAUGAGUACAUUUUACUGGUUUAUAAAUUAAUUCAUGCAAGUCUUCCACUGGCUUUCCACUUUUAUUGUUAUGUACACUUGCAUCAUCAUUUAUUUUAAAACAUUUUAGAAUUGACCCACAUAAUUCUAGAGUGUUUCAUGAGCAUUAAUAUUGAAUACUAUUUUUAGUAGGUGGUAACUCUUGUCUAGCAUAUUAUUCCUGAAUCUCACCAAUCUGAUGUACCAAGUAAUUGAAGACCAACAUCGUGAUUUGGAUUGUAUUGCCUGUCUUCUUCAUUUUGUGGUCAGAUGCAGUUUUGUUUAUUAAAAACAUUUUAGUUUUAAGAAAGUUUGAAAAUUAUAUGUUCUUUUAUAAUUUUAAAAGGUAAAUCAUGUUGGGCACAUUUCUGCAUAUUUAUAAACUUUUCUGAAACUAAACAUAAGUAAUAAUGAAAGAUAUGCUAAUUUUGUGACAACUGACAAAGGCACUUUUUAUAGUAGUGGCCUGCAUAGGAGAGUGAAGUAUUACUGUAAGUUAGUUUCAUUGGUUUAGUUCCUGCAUCAAUACACGAUUAAUGAACACUG